ACCAUGGUGAAUAAGAGACGAAACGGAUCCCGAGCUAAUGGCAAUGGUCGAGGAGGGGUUAAAUCACAACCACAACAGCAGUGCAAGCGAUCACCUAAGGCUCUGAGAGAACCAGCCAUCUUUGCUAAAAAAUCAGGCAGCGCCUCUGACACGCCACAUGACAAAGUGACUUUAGCUCAGGCUCGCCGAGGCACUCCGGCCCAUCGGCCUGCACGGGUUUAUGCUGACGGGAUCUUUGACCUCUUCCACUCUGGUCAUGCCCGGGCUCUGAUGCAGGCCAAGAAUUUGUUUCCAAACACACAACUGAUUGUUGGCGUAUGCAGUGAUGCUCUGACACAUCGGUAUAAAGGCUACACAGUGAUGACAGAAGAUGAGCGUUAUGAAGCACUCGUACACUGCCGAUAUGUGGACGAGGUGGUCCGAGAUGCUCCAUGGACACUCACUCCAGAAUUCCUUAAAAAACACAGGAUUGACUUUGUGGCACAUGAUGAUAUCCCAUACACCUCUGCUGGAUCAGAUGAUGUCUACAAACAUAUCAAAGAAGCAGGAAUGUUUGUGGCUACUCAAAGAACGGAGGGGAUCUCUACGUCGGACCUCAUCACACGCAUUGUACGAGACUAUGACGUCUACGUCAGACGUAACCUGCAGAGAGGUUACACAGCACGGGAACUGAACGUUGGCUUCAUCAAAGAGAAGAAGUAUCGUCUGCAGGAGCAGGUGGACAGAAUGAAGGAGACCGUGAGGACAGUGGAGGAAAAGUCCAAACAUUUAGUUCAUCGUGUUGAAGAGAAGAGCCAUGACCUUAUCCUAAAAUGGGAGGAGAAAUCUCGUGAGUUCAUUGGAAACUUUCUGGAGUUGUUCGGUCCAGACAAAGCCUGGCACAUGAUUCAGCAGAGAAGUGGGCGUGUUCUUCAAGCUCUGUCUCCGUAUGGGUCUCCACACACGUCACCCAGCACCAGCCCCACCAGAGGUCGCUCUACAUCACCCCCCUCUCACUGGCCUAUCCUUCGCUUCCGCUCACCUCCACCUAAAGGAGCCUCCAUCAGCAGCAGUGAGGGUGAUGAUGAGGAGAAAUAUGGACUCUGA